AAAACCUCCAUUAAACCAGGAUUUGGUUCAAUAAACAAAACCAUGGGAAAUAGCUUCGUUCUGCAAACAAAAGCUAUCAAGAUCAUGAAAACAGAUGGGAAAGUUCUCAUAUACAAAGCCCCCAUGAAAGUCCACCAAGUCUUGUUGGAGUUUCCUGGCCAUGCAAUAUCUGACACCCUUCCUGUCCUCCGGCAUCUCAAGCCAGAAACCAAACUGCUCAGAGGUCAUGUAUACCAUCUAGUGCCUCUUCCCUUGCCAUCACCAAAAGUUGGGAAGAAGAAAACGGUGAGGUUUGCAAAUCCAGAGGGGGAAGCAGUGCAAGAAAGUGGGGUGGUCAGGAUUAAAUUGAUCAUUACCAAGAAAGAGCUGCUCGAGAUACUAGAGAAAGGAGUCGAUUCUGUUGGUGAGAAGGUUUCUCAACUUCAGAGUAAAAGCUACAUAUGCGGGGCAGGUGAAUACACGGGUGAUGAAAACUGUAGAGGGUGGAUGCCUGACUUAGAAAGCAUACCUGAAGCAAGCUAGCCAGCAAAUAUAUAUUUAUAUAUAUAUAUAAAUAUAUAUAUUACCUCACCACUGAAAAAAGAAGAAAAAAGAGUUCUAUUUUUUGUUUAACAUACAAAAUUAAACAUGUAACCAUGAAAGAAAUAGUUUAGUUCUUCUCAUCA